UGUGAAACUCUGCACUCUUCAAGAUGGCUAGUGAAAGAGAUCUCUUGUCCACAGAGAUAGUCAAUCGUGGGGUAGAAUCCUCAGGUCCCAAUGCUGGAUCUCACACAUUCUCUGUCAGGGUAAGGAGAAGGUUGCCUGACUUUCUUCAAUCUGUGAAACUCAAGUACGUCAAGUUGGGCUACCAUUAUCUUAUCACCCAUGCCAUAUACUUUGCCACAGUCCCAGUUUUGGUGCUCGUUUUCAGUGCUGAAGUGAGCAGCCUUAACAGGGAAGAGCUCUGGAAGAAGCUCUGGGAAGAUGCUCGCUAUGAUAUUGUCUCUGUGAUUUCUUUCUUUGCUGUUUUAGUCUUCACUGUUUCUGCUUACCUCAUGUCUCGCCCAAGGUCCAUUUAUCUCAUUGAUUUUGCUUGUUAUCGUCCUCAUGAUGAUCUCAAGGUGAGCAAAGAUGAGUUCAUCGAGAUGGCAAGAAAGACAGGGAAGUACGAUGAGGCAACCUUGGAAUUCCAGAAGAAAAUUUUACAAUCAUCAGGAAUUGGAGACGAAACUUACAUUCCUAAAGCAGUGAUGCGACAAGAGAAUUGUGCAACUAUGAAGGAGGCUCGUUUGGAGGCCUCAACGGUAAUAUUUGGGGCACUUGAUGAGCUCUUUGAGCAGACCAGAGUCCGACCAAAGGACAUUGGUGUCCUUGUCGUGAACUGCAGCAUUUUUAACCCGACCCCAUCUCUCUCUGCCAUGGUUAUAAAUCAUUACAAGAUGAGAAGUAAUAUUCUCAGCUAUAACCUUGGUGGAAUGGGCUGCAGUGCUGGGAUUAUAGCGGUGGAUCUAGGCCGUGACAUGUUGCAAGCCAAUCCUAACAACUAUGCUGUGGUGGUUAGCACGGAGAUUGUGGGCUUUAACUGGUAUAAUGGCAAGGAACGUUCCAUGAUCAUACCCAAUUGCUUUUUCAGGAUGGGCUGCUCCGCCGUACUAUUGUCAAACCGGCGACGCGACUACCCUCGUGCUAAGUAUCGCCUUGAACAUAUCGUUCGAACCCAUAAAGGAGCCGAUGACGACAGUUUCAGGAGCAUUUACCAGGAAGAAGAUGACCAAAAAUUCAAGGGAGUAAAACUGAGCAAGCAACUCAUGGAAAUAGGAGGAAAUGCCUUGAAAACCAACAUCACCACACUAGGACCACUGGUGCUUCCCUUCUCAGAGCAGCUCCUCUUCUUUGCAACCUUGGUUCGGAGGCUCUUACUCGGCAAGAAAAACAAUGGUUCUUCAACCUCACCAUCCUCAAAGCCCUACAUCCCAGAUUACAAGCUCGCAUUUGAGCACUUCUGCGUGCAUGCAGCAAGCAAGCCAGUGCUGGACGAGAUACAGAGGAAUCUUGGACUGAGUGACAAGAACAUGGAGCCAUCAAGGAUGACACUGCACAGAUUUGGGAACACUUCGAGCAGCAGUAUAUGGUAUGAGCUAGCUUAUUUGGAAGCUAAGGAGAAGGUGAAGAGAGGAGACAGGGUCUGGCAACUUGCAUUUGGGUCUGGGUUCAAGUGCAACAGCCUGGUUUGGAAAUCAAUGAAACGUGUGAAAAAGCCUUCCAGGAGUCCAUGGCUUGAUUGCAUUGACAAUCUUCCUGUAGCUUCAUUUACAGGCUAGGAAUCCCUGGAGUUUUACCUUGUUUUCGCUUCAGCUUUUUAAUCCAAAGUGGAUGAAUUAUAAUUAAUCCAUUUGGAGAUAAUUAAUUUCUCAUAGACCUUAUUCAUAAACAAACUAAAGUGUGGUUCUUCAGAAUUUGAAUAAAAGGGAAUGGAAAAUAUAUCUAUA